ACAUCAAGGGUUUCUCUUAUUUUCUUUUCCUUCUUUCUCCAUCAAAUUUUCUAACACCAAAUACUCGUAAAACUAAAACUAAAACAAAAAGUUUUAAAAAAGAUCUUUUUUCUAAACCAUAAUUAGUAACUCACGUGGAUGACACGAGCUCAACAAUUUCUUACAAACUGCAAAUAUGUUGAAAAUCAAAACCCAUUAGUGCUCCUCUCUCAUUUACCAAAUCUUGUAAGGGAAGCACAUUUUAUAAUUGUCGUGUGAGCAUUUGGUGUUUUAGGGUUUUUCUAUCAAAGGUAUUUGUAAUUUUCAGAUAUGAAGCUUACUGUGAAGACUCUGAAAGGCAGUCACUUCGAAAUUAGGGUUCAGCCUUCCGAUACGAUUAUCGCAGUCAAGAAAAACAUUGAGGAUAUACAAGGAAAAGAUAAUUAUCCAUGUGGGCAGCAGUUACUGAUUCACAAUGGUAAGGUUUUGAAGGAUGAAAGCACGUUAUUGGAAAAUAAUGUUUCUGAAGAUGGCUUUCUUGUUGUCAUGCUUAGCAAGAGCAAGACUGCUGGUUCAAGUGGAACAUCAUCUGCACCGCCUUCCGCUCCUACAGUCAACCCAACUCCAGCACCUGAAGUGACUCCACCAGCACCGGAGCCUAAGGAUGUUGCUUCAGCUUCUGAUGCCGCAACAGCUAGUCUUCCAACUGAUAAUUUUAGUCAAGCUGCAUCAAAUCUAGUUGCUGGAAAUAAUCUUGAGCAGACAAUACAACAAAUAAUGGAAAUGGGUGGUGGCAACUGGGAUAAAGAAACAGUGACACGGGCACUUAGAGCAGCUUAUAACAAUCCUGAAAGGGCUAUUGAUUACUUGUAUUCAGGGAUUCCUGAAACAGCAGAAGUUGCUGUACCUGUGGCUAGUAGCGGGGUUAAUUCUGCACUAGGGACUACUACUGUGCCUGCUGCCCCUGUUUCUGGAGCACCCAAUUCAGCUCCUUUAAAUUUGUUUCCGCAGGAGAAUGUUGCUGGUGCUGGUGGUGCUGCCCUUGGAUCCCUUGAUUUUCUCAGGAAUAACCAACAGUUUCAAGCAUUACGUUCUAUGGUUCAAUCUAACCCGCAAAUUCUACAGCCUAUGCUUCAGGAACUUGGAAAGCAAAAUCCUCAACUUUUAAGAAUGAUACAAGAGCACCAUCAAGAGUUUCUUCAACUAAUCAAUGAACCUGUAGAUGGUUCUGAUGGGGACCUAUUUGAUCAGCCUGAGCAGGACAUGCCCCACACAGUUAGUGUCACUCCACAAGAGCAGGAGGCGAUCGAGCGACUCGAGGCAAUGGGUUUUGAUCGAGCUCUUGUUAUCGAGGCCUUUUUAGCUUGUGAUCGCAAUGAGGAACUAGCUGCAAAUUAUUUAUUAGAGCAUGCUGGAGAUUACGAAGAUUGAGUGCCAUAAUCUUCUUAGCAAUAUUCUUUUGCACACCACUAACAGGUCUUGAGUUGAUUUUAAUUACUCAUGAGGGUUUGUAAAGGAGGUUUUACUUUAACUGUGCGUCCAAAAUUCUUUUCCGAGUGGGGAAGGUUCAUUUGGUAGCUUUGCUUUGCAGUUACUCCAAGUGAAAGAAAAUGAUCACUAGUGGAAAUUUGUUCCGAGACUGUAAAGAAUUGCUGGUUGAGGUGGGAAAUGCAACUUCUGGGUUCUCCCAUUAUUUAAUGCCUUUGACUUCUAGUUGGUCCAGUUGCUA